AUUCAAAAAUCACUUUCCGUUAUAAAUUUACUGGUGUUUGUCCCGUUUAGUGUAAAAGUUUAACCGUCGUGUUUUUGAAAUAUCACAAUGCGGGAAUGCAUAUCUAUCCACGUUGGACAGGCCGGAGUCCAAAUGGGCAACGCCUGUUGGGAGCUCUAUUGUCUAGAACACGGUAUACAACCUGACGGUCAAAUGAAAGUUAAUGAUUCACCCGUAGACCAAAGCUUUGGCACCUUCUUCAGCGAAACGGGUUGCGGUAGAUACGUUCCGAGGACUGUUUUUGCAGAUUUGGAGCCUUCGGUUAUAGACGAAUUAAGAACGGGAAACUACCGUCAUCUGUUUCAUCCGGAGCAACUUAUUAAUGGCAAAGAGGAUGCUGCAAAUAACUAUGCUAGAGGUCAUUAUUCAGUUGGCAAGGAAAUCAUCGAUUUGGUAAUGGAUAGAAUACGUAAAUUGUCUGAUAAUUGUGAGGGUCUUCAAGGAUUUUUGGUGUUUCAUUCAUUCGGUGGUGGAACUGGCUCCGGUUUUACGUCGUUACUGAUGGAACGUAUGUCUGUUGAUUAUGGCAAAAAAUCUAAACUGGAAUUUGCUGUAUAUCCUGCACCCAGAAUAUCGACGGCUGUUGUCGAACCGUAUAAUUCUGUUCUAUGCACGCAUACCACAUUAGAACAUGCCGAUUGUUCAUUCAUGGUAGACAACGAAGCCAUCUAUGAAAUAUGUAAUAAUAAGCUAGAUAUUGAACGGCCAUCAUAUACUAACUUAAACAGACUCAUUGGUCAAAUUGUCUCGUCGAUCACAGCGUCUCUCCGGUUCGAUGGUGCUCUUAAUGUAGACAUUAAUGAAUUCCAAACUAAUCUGGUACCCUAUCCUCGAAUUCACUUCCCGUUGGUUACAUAUGCUCCGGUAAUAUCAGCGGAGAAAGCCUUCCACGAACAACUGUCGGUUGCCCAACUCACAAACGCUUGUUUCCAACAAGAAAAUCAAAUGGUGAAAUGCGACUUGCGCAAGGGCAAGUACAUGGCUUGUUGCUUGUUGUAUAGAGGCGACGUCGUACCCAAAGAUGUCAAUGGUGCCAUAUCACUAAUCAAAACGAAAAGAACUAUUAACUUUGUAGACUGGUGUCCGACAGGAUUUAAAGUCGGAAUCAAUUAUCAACCACCCACUGUGGUACCAGGAGGUGACUUGGCCAAUGUUCAGCGUGCUGUUACCAUGUUGUCGAACACCACAGCUAUUGUUGAAGCCUGGUCUCGCCUCAAUCAGAAAUUCGAUUACAUGUACGGAAAACGGGCGUUCGUUCAUUGGUACGUGGGUGAAGGAAUGGAGGAGGGAGAGUUCGCUGAAGCACGAGAAGAUUUAGCAGCACUAGAAAAGGAUUAUGAAGAAGUUGGUACGGAUUCUUAUGAAGAUGAAAUAGAGGAAGAAUAUUAAGUGCUAAAUAAAUUGUAUAUGUUUGUUAACCUUUUUAUAUCUGUUAAAAUUGUUUUAAAAUAAAAUUAAUUUUUAAAUAGUA